UGCAUCAUUACCCGGGGAAAUCAAACACGCAGUUCUCUGUGUUCGGUAACCUCCUUGGACAUGUGAGCAUGGGCAGCCAAAGUGACUGCACCAGUGACCCAGAUGAGGAGCUGCCUGUGUUUGACUUCCUCCAGCCAGCCUCCCACAGACGUGCAGAGAAACCAGACUUGGUCGACUUUGAUGGUUCUGAUGCUGCAGCAGCAGCUGUCUCCUCCCCAGGGAGGGGGAGUGGUGGCGUGUGCAUGGGAAUGGCUAAUGUAACGAUAAUCAGCAGCAGUUCCGAUGAUGAUGAUGCACCUUAUGUUCCUUUGGCACAAAGAAUCAAGGCAAGGCGAGACAAUGUGAUUAGCGCCUCCUCCAUCGUGACUAACGAGAACGAUGCUGAGCACUGUUUGCCGCUCUGUCUGCCCAGCUCACAGUUUUCUGGCCAGAAUGGCUUUUCAGAGUCAGAGUGCUCGCUCGGCUCACAUCAGGUGAGAAAAAUGAGCUGUGGACAGGAGCUUCCUCUGAACGGAGCAAGGAACACAGACACUUCUCCUUCCAAGAGGAAACUUGGCAAGCGAACGGUUGAGGAGAUCCAGGCCUCCAGGGAAGUGGCUCUGAGUAAGAGGGAGGCUAAGAAGAGACAGCAGCCAGACAAGGAUGUGCUCAGGGAGGAACGAGAGAGACAGAAAAUGGAGAGGAAAGCUCUGGCAGAGGCAGCUAGGGCCCUGAGGCCAGAGGAAUGUAUCAAGCAUAUGGUGGUGGUGGUGGAUCCAGCUCUCCUACAGCUGGAAGGAGGCGGCACUUUGCUGGCCUCGUUACAGGCUCUGGGUUGUAGCUGCGCCAUCAAGAAACAAUCCCUCCCACGCAGUGUGAGCUGGAUGAGAAGAGCUCCCUGUGCGCAGGGAGAUGAAGGAGCAUCUGUACCAGAGGCCUAUGUUGUGAUACAGAUGACAGUGGAGGACUUCAUUUCUUUGAUCCACAACUACGUUCAGAAUGAGAGGCAUGGCAGAUCAGACUGUGGGCCCACAUUGACAUCCUGGGUCCAGGAGCAGCAGAGGCGUCACCUUGGCAAGACCCUUAGCCUAGCAAUUAUUGAGCUUGAGAAAUACUUCAGAUCACAGAAAUCACAAAACCAGAAGCAUUUUCGAGAGGCUGUUGCAGGGGAGGAGACAGGGGCAAGUAAAGCCAAGAGGAGAAAGAAGAAUGGUGGAGCUGGUGUACUGCCUGAGGUGUCGCGAGUUGACGUAGAGGAGGCAGUGGUGCAUCUCCAGCUUCACACUGGUGUCUCAGUCUGCUUCUUUUGUACCUGGAGGGACUUCUCGGAUCACAUCACCAUGACAACCAAAGCAGUUGCAGAGGCUCCUUUCAAGAGAGAGAGGGAAAAGACUGGCUUUUCCUUCUACCUAGAGAGUGAGUGGGCAGGAGGCCAGCGGGUGGAUAGAGGUGGUAAGGGCCUGUUGCAGGUGUGGAAGAGACAGAUCCAGCAGUUCAACAGAGUGAGCCCAGACAUGGCUGCUGCCAUCUUGGCAGCUUAUCCCUCUCCACAGCUGCUCAAGAAGGCUUACAACCUGUGCAGGACCAAACAAGAGAAGAUCUCUUUGCUCUCUGACCUACUGAUCCGGAGAGGAGAAGGUGUUACUUCCACCACUCGUAGGAUUGGUCCAGAGCUCUCCAGACGCAUCUUCCUGACAAUGAGCUCCUGUGAUCCAGAACUGAGUCUAGACUCUAAUCUCUGAAAUUUGAAUUUGAUUUUGUGGCCCACCUGCUUUGAGUUGGCAGUUUGUGGUCAUAUCUUUGAAUUUAAUACUAUGUAAUUAAAGUUCAGAUUUUUAAAACUUUUAUUUAUGUAUUAAAGUUUUAUUCAAAUAACAGUUUUGAAGACCACUAUAAGACAUGCACAUCAACCAUACUUGAUUCUGGGGGAAAUUGUGCUACAGCUCACUGUAAGUGUUAGUGAGGUGACUGAUUUGAAUCUUUGGCACUGUUUUAUUUACACAUGUAUUCCCUCCCUGCUUCAUAGCAUUGAAAGAGACCUUCAUUUGUGAUAACUUUGAGUCAUUUGAAACACAUGUUGAAAUAUCCGUCAUCUCACUUCAAAGACCCAACCUACCAUUUCAGUCUAAAUCAUGUUUCACAAAAAUGUAAGAAACAUAUUAAAUAUAUUAUUGUAAAAUUAGAACAGUCGCAAUUUAUCAUCUCAUCCACAUCUGUUUCCAAUCACUGGACCUUAAGCCUCACCCACAGUGCUCAGGUGGCACGCCCCAACAGCCAUGCCACAGACCACGCCCCACCACAAUGAUAUUGACCAAUCAGCUGAAAGGAAAACAUUUCUGGUCAAAAUUCGUAUUUGCAAGUUGAAACUCACAAGCGAGGGAACUUGAGCGCAGAGUUUUACGCUUUGUAUCUGUAAACAGACCUUGACAAAAAAAAUGUGUAACUUGUGAAAUUUUUUCAUUUUCAAACACAAAUCUUUUUUAGACAUACACAAAUUAUCUAUAUACAAAAACUGUAUCUGUAAACAGAUCUUGACAAAAUGCACAAAGACACAAUUUUCAGAUAUUUUUGUUUACAAGGUCACAAAAGUCAGUUCACAACUACACAGUCUGAUUUACAAGUACAAAAUAUUUAUGACCACAAUUUGAGCCCAUUACGUGUGAAUAAUGUAGAAGUUUGUGGAAAAUUGUAGCUGACUAAAUGUCACUAGUAGGGCAUAUCUUUGAGCCUUUGAAGCCUCAAAUGCUCUUUUGUUACAAUGAGAAAGAUGCAAUGCUCUAUCCAAUGCUUCAUCUGCCCAUCUGUAGUCCAAGUGGAUUUGAGGUGUCGCAAACACCUGUUUUCCCCUUUGUCUUCUCCAGGAAUUUUGGGCAUGAGAAUCAGAACAGUAUUUAAGGGUUCUGAGAGAGACCAAGGAAUAAGUUGGGAGGGGGUAAUGCGUGUAGAGUUUGGGUGCGUUUCGUAAUUGUAGGGUUACACGGUCUUAUUGCAAAUGGAUUUACAGAUGCUAUUGGCUGAUAGUUUUAAUUAUAAAUUAUAAUAUAUAAAUGGCUACGGGGCUUAAAUGGCUUUUAGGAAGUUUGGAAAUACCCCCAGCAUGUUAUGUAAAGUGUGGCUCAUUAGCAGCAGGGUAUAAAAGGCUGCCAAUUACCCAAUUAGCGCUGUUUAUAUUUGCUGCUGAUAUAGGUCACUAGUGUUCCACAGAGCUGUUAAGGUUUGAAAAUUAAAACUUUCAUAAAUAAAAAUAAUAAGACUUGGGUUGUACUAAAUCCUGUCUCUGCCUGCAAUAAUUGUAGCCUGGCUGCUCGAUGGCCAUUCAUCACACUAAUAUUUGUGGCAUGCAAUUUACUGCAAAUUGUGCUAAAUCUAAUAUGGGAAAAAGCAUGUCUUAUGCCUGUUGUGAAGCCUGUAUUGGUUGCUUCUAGGAGUCAGGGGCAAAUGCUAUCAGAAUGAGUGUGUAAUUGCCAUUUUGGAUGGAUGAUUCGGAGCUGUUAGUGCAAUACCAAAAAUUUUGUCUGUUACCUUAAACCCUUCACUCAUCCCCCUUUUCUCAGUGGUUCACACUCAGCAAGUCACAUUUCCCUCUAGAAUCUGUAACAAAGCAGUCCAUAAACUUACCAUAAACUUCCACAUGUGGAUGGGAACCAUACACCUAUUAAGUAAAUUCUAAAUGAAAUCCACCAGACGACUGUAGAUUUGAGGCACUUCUGCAUUGGCUUCUGGAACCUAUAAAUGUUGUAUAUAUUGCAAUGAAGAAAUUAUAUGAAUGUUUAUCUUUUGUUAAAUAGACGUUAUACAUUCACAACUAUUUUAUGAAAUUACUAUGAAUGGAUAGCCACACAACAGCCAUCCCAGGUAGAGAGAGUAGCAUUACAGGAGCGGGCUUUAUGUAUUUUCUUAAAGAUAAACCACAUUAUUAAUCCAUUUCCUUUUCUGAACAUCUAAAUUUCAUUUCAUUUCUUGCAUGGCGUACUUAAUGUGUGUGGACUAUCACAACCAUUACCUCUAGUGAGUUUACACAGUAGGGCCAAAAAUGUAUCACAGACUGGGAGAUCAGGAGGUCGAGUUAUUGUCUCAGGAUUUUUCUUGACAUUCUUUGAAUCAGGAAUGUUUUAUUAAAUUUUUCUUAAAGAUAAAAAAAUAAAAUAAAAAAAGUUCUUGUACACAAACUUUCUCAUGCUUCUAU